AUGUCGUCCCUCGGAACAGACCAGUCCUCCAAGGGCAUCGAGCUUCUCAGCAUUGCCGAUGCUGUCGCAACCCAAGAGUACCACGGCGAAACCGUCGGUCUAGGCGCGGGCAAGCUGCAGGCUCUUCUCGUCAGCAUCGAGCUGCACGACGCCGCCCAGCGUAGCCCGAGCGCCUCCACCAAGCAGCCCGACUACUCGACCGACCUCUGGCUCGUACUCUCGAUCGGCGACGACUUUUCGCUACCCAUUGCUGCCACCCAGACCAUCGUCCCUCAGCGCACCGCUACGCAGACCUCCUACGAGCUUCCGUCGCCCGAGCUCGAAGGCGCAUCCAUCAAGAUCAAGCUGCCACCCACCACCAGCUCGUCCGACAUCACGCGUUUCCAGCAGAUCCUUUCUCAGUAUGCUGCCUACCAGGACGACGACCGCUCGGAUGCAGGCAUGAUCGAGCUCAUGGACGAGGACGGCAAGGUCCUCGGCGUCAUGCAGGGCAACUUCACCGUGCGCGAGGCCGCCGCCAUGUCCGACUCGGGCAACGAAAAGGCGCCCGUCCUCAUCGACCUCCCUCCCGAGCCCACCAGCGACAGCGAAAAGCAGGACCUCGACGUCGACGUGCUCUCUGCCGACGAGAAGCGCGAUUGGAUGAUUCGCGGCGCCGACGUAAUCUCACGCACCAUCAUCAAGACUUCCGAAUUCGUCGGAGGCAAGAUCCAGGGCGCCGCCGACUCGUACAUGGCCAAGAACCCCGCUGCAGGCUCGUCCGGCACCACCACCCCGAACAACGAAAAGGUGGACGACGGCAAGGCGCAGGUCGCAGGCAAAGACCCGGUUCGUGUCGGCCCCAAGACCCAGGCAAGCGUGCGUCAGCUCCACCAGUGGUCGGGACAGGCGGUGCAGGUAUCGUCCAAGACCACCGGCGCCAUCCUCCGCGUCGCCGGCAACGUUGGUGACAAGAUCGGCCAGAAAACCGGCAUCCAGCGCAAGGUGCACGCGGACGGAACCUACGGUCCUGCUCCCACCGGCAUCCGUGGCUUCAUCAACCGCUCGCUCAUCGCCGCCAACACGGUGCUCGAUGGCAUCGACGCGGGCGCCCAGACGCUCCUCUACACCAGCGGUGAGGCGGCCUCCAACGUCGUCGGUCACAAGUACGGCGAAGAUGCACGUCAGGUGGCCGAGGGCAUCAGCCGCACGGGCAAAAAUGUCUUCAUCGUCUACAAGGACAUCCGCGGCGUGCGUCGCAGCGCGCUCCUCAAGGCUGCCAGGUCGCGUGUCAUGAAGGCCAAGCUCGACGACGGUCGCGAAGUCACCGUCCGCAUCGACGAGAAGGGCAAUGCGGUCGCAGACGCCGUCUCGCCCGCACCAGGCUCCUCGUCGACGACGGCCGAAAAGGCAACGGCUUCCAUCUCGGACAAGUCGUCCUACACCACCGCCUCCUCCACUCCCACCCACGCUGCAGACCCGCCUUCGUACUCGACCACCUCUGCUGGCUCCACACUUCCUCCCCCGCCCUCGCAUCCCUCCACCCGCCGCUCGCCGAGCCCAAAGAACUAG